AUGGGUAGUCCGACCAAGCGGGGGCCGCUGCAAGAUGUCUCGCAACUGCACAAUGUCAAUCGUGCGCCCGCUCAACAAGUCCACGACGUCAAGAGCGAGACGGGCGAGCGAGGUCGAGACGCCCUGUCUGGUCAGGAACAAGCCCUGCGGGCCAACAGCGAAGCGCAGCAGGAUGCUCUUCGACAACCAUCGUCCCAGCAAGAUCAAGCCCGACGAGGGCGAGAAAUAGACGAGAUAUUCAGGGGAAGCCAUCAAGCUCAUUUUGAUCGAUCUCAAGCAAACCCAAAUGGCGCUCAAGUCCAGCCUGCAAACCCUCUUUCGGGAGCGAUCGUGCCCACAACUGCCCCAGUAAGGGAGUGCCAGAUGCAGGAUUGGCCAAGACACCACAUAUUCUGCUCAAGAAUGAUGAACCAUGGACCACAGGCAUUCAACCCACCACCGCCGUUGCCACAAUCAUCUUAUGAUCAUAGCCAGGUUGGGAUUGGGGCCAUUAUUGGGAGCUCUUCCGCCGACAAUUAUGGCCUCGAAGAUGACGACGAUCUUUGGGGCGAGGAGGCCUUCCGAUGGUCUGUUCGCGAUGAUGACCGGGAUAUCGAUUUCAUACAGUUUCUAGCCAACCUGCCUGAUAUUGACGUGCCGCCGGAAGGGCGAAAGAAGAAGCCAGGCGCGUUGACGUGCAAACUGAUGCCGCACCAGCGAGUAGGCUUAACGUGGCUGAUCAACCAAGAGGAAAGUAGUGCCAAGGGCGGCAUUCUGGCCGACACCAUGGGUCUUGGGAAGACAAUCCAGGCACUGGCCCUGAUAUUGGCUCGCCCAUCAAACGACUGUGCUCACAAAACCACGCUCAUAGUGGCCCCACUAGCACUACUGAGGCAAUGGGAACGUGAGAUCGAAGACAAGGUCAAGUUUGGCCAUAAGCUCAAGACCGUCAUCGUUCAUGGCCAGAAAAAGAAGAGCAUGACCGUCGCGAAACUACUUUCGUACGACGUCGUCUUAACAACAUAUGGAACGAUCGCCUCUGAGCAUAAUCCCCGAAAGAACUCAAAGAACAACAAGGUCCUCCUCUCAACGAGAUUCCAUCGCAUCAUUCUCGACGAAGCGCACAACAUAAAGAAUGAGAAGUCCAAGUCUGCUCGCGCAAUUUCCUCGAUGCGCGCGGACUACAGACUUUGUAUGACUGGAACACCACUCAUGAACAACCUCACUGAGGUUUACUCACUUAUCCGCUUCCUUCGCAUCCCCCCUUACGAUGAGUGGCGCAACUUCUGCCGCGACUUUGUCAAGCCGAUAAAGGGCAGGAGUCCGUCUCUCAAAACUCGUGCUAUGAGGGCUUUGCAAGCUCUACUCCGAGGUAUCUUGCUCCAACGAACAGCGACCAGCCAGAUUGACGGCAAACAGAUCCUUCAGCUCCCAGAACUCGAAAGUAAGGUUGCCGUAACAGAAUUUGACCAAGAUCAACGGGAGUACUACGAGGCUUUGCAACAUCGAUUGCAGCUCAAGUUCAAUCGUUACGUGAAAGAAGGCACCGUUCAAAAAAAUUAUAGCCAUAUCCUCGUCUUGAUUACACGGCUGAGGCAGUGCUGCUGCCACCCGCACCUGAUCAAGGACCAUGGCAUCCCCGAGGGCGCAGACAUAACCUCUGAGGAAAUGGUCAAGUUGGCUCUAAAGCUUGACGACCAGAUUGUGGAGAGAAUAAAACAGGAGACCGAGUUUAAGUGUCCUGUGUGUGACGACAUCACCACGAACCCCAUGAUCAUCUAUCCCUGCGGACAUUAUGUUUGCGGCGGAUGCUUCAGCGGGUUGAUGCAAGUUGGCUUUACCCAGGCCAUCGCCCGUCUAGACUCACAGUCUAUUUGUCCCACACCGCUGUGCCGCCAGGAAGUAGACCCGACUCAAGUGCUCCUCCACACAUACUUCGAGGAGGCACACAGGUCAGAUGCAUCAGAGCCAGGGUCUGAAGAGGAGGAUAUGGAAGACUCUGAUCUCAUCAGUGAAUCAGAUGAUGCCGAUGAGCACGGAGACUUAAAGGACUUUAUCGUAUCGGACGACAGCGAAGAUCUCGACGAGGAAGACUCUCAAUUGGAAGAGGAACAGGUAAAAGAAGAGGAUGACACAAUCCCAGACCUGACAGUGGGAGAAGGGAGAUCAGGACAAGAUGAACGGGAACGGCCCACGAGCUCGUUGAAAGUAUCAGCUUCCCAGAAAGAGGAUGAUUCAGCCGAUUCAGACUCUGAUGAUUCCUUGCCAUCCUUAUCAGAAAUGUGGCAGCGAGCCGACAAGCAAAAGGAGCUAGCCAAAAGGGAGCCUACGCCCAACACCCCUAUCAGAAAAACUCUUCCAUCCAAGCGUACCGUCAAGCGCAAUAAGGGCAGCCCCUCGACUCAAGUCAAGACUGAGGGUGACCUUGGCAUUUUCAGUCAGUCUUCGGAUUACUUUGGCAGGCGCAUAGAAAGGUCUACUUCUAAAGCACCUCGGUCAAAUCAGUCAAAAACAAAGGCAAUAAAACCCGAAGACACAGAUGACGAUAUGGCCGCCAGCAACACCCAAGGCUCCAAACGGCGUCGCAUAUCUCGUACGAAAUCUGCCGCCUCACCAGUUUCCACAAGUCGCGAUCACCAGGGUAGGGCCGAUAUGCAUACGAAAGGAGGCAAGCGCAAAAGAGCUGGGACCAAAGUUGAGGCCAAGGGGGAAGACAAGGAAAAGCCGAGAAGCAUCAAACUUGAGCGUGCAAAGAGACACAAGCCACAAACACUCGCGGAGUUGAAGCAGGCAAGCUUGAAGAAUGCGGCAGCAAAGGAGAAAUACUUCAAGCGACUCAGGAAAGACUGGGAGACCAGUGCCAAGAUCGAUAAGACUAUGGAGAUAUUACGCCGUAUCCGAGAUGAGAACCCACGAGAGAAGACGCUCAUUUUCAGCGUGUUUACGUCAUUCCUCGAUCUCUUGGAGAUCCCCAUCGACGACGAAGGGUACAACUACCGGCGCUACGAUGGCAGCAUGAGCAACCCACUACGUGAGGAUGCGGUCGAGGAUUUUAUGACCAAGCCUGAGGUCAAAGUCAUGUUGGUCAGUCUGAGAGCCGGGAACGCGGGACUCAACCUGCAGGCGGCAACACAGGUCAUCAUCCUCGAACCUUUCUGGAACCCUUACGUUGAAGACCAGGCGAUUGGACGUGCCCAUCGUUUAGGUCAGGAGAAGCCCGUGACGGUCCAUCGCCUGGUUGUGGAAGAUACGGUGGAAGAUCGCAUUCUUGACUUGCAGGAGAACAAGCGCAAGCUCGUUGGCGAGGUACUGAACAGCGAGGCUGCACGGGGUUUGAGUGGCCUAUCCAUCAACGAAUUGGCGGGUCUCUUCGGUAUUGGCACAGGCGGCCGAUCUGGACGAAGAAGAUAA